AUAGAGAGAGGGCAAGAAAGCUACCGGUUAGGGCUGGUUUGUGGAUGAGAGGGUUGGAAAAUGUGAGGUGUGUGAGCUUGGUGGGGGGUAAUAGGUUGGAGAGGGUUGUCUGUGGGCUAUCAAUGAGAGAGGGAACAAGUGGGGGUCGGAGAGAGAGCUUUAGUGUAAGAGAGAGAGCUUGGGUAUUGUGGUAUGGUGGCUAG